AUGGCUCAAACAGCGAUGCCACGACACCGCGCUACACAGUCGCAGUCUGGCAUUGGUGCGCCCCUGUACCAGCGUCGACAUCAAUCAAAUGCCGGGCCCAUUGAGCUUAUUCCUAACCCAGAGUUCUCGUUUCCCAUGCGAGACCCAGACACCGUCUCCUCAGCUCCUGCGCCAGCAAACUCGCGACCAAUGUCACUACAAGCCUAUCCGUCCGGCCGUAGAGGGUCGAUGCCACACUACAGGCAAAAAUCAAUCAAUGCCCUGCCAGACUUUUCCUUCAAUCCUGCCGGAACACCAAAGCCCGCCAAAGAGCCCUCACCACCAGUAUCACCCAAUACGCUGGGUGUGCCAAUAUCGCCCUCGAAGCCGUCUCACGGACACAAACGCGGAGGAAGCGAAUUCAUUGGUGGUGACAUCCGGCCUGGAGGCACCGCAUUGAAAAGCAGCAGCCCUACCAAGGGCGAGGACGUUCUUCCUGCACCAAGCUCGACACUACGCCCAGGUCCUCCACCAGGCCGACGUGGACACGCUCACCGUCGUUCAGGCGCUGUUUCCUCUCAUGACUUGACCUCGAUUAUGAGCCCUCCUGUAGCACCAGCUGGCAGCGCACCCAACACACCCUCUGAGGGCAACCCGUUUGCACCCGGUCACAAAUUCAACAGGUCUAUUUCUCAACCCUCGCUACGCGACCACAGGUCUGACGACGAUCCGGCGCGGCCACCGUCCAGAGCACGAGUGACGUUCUCUGAUAGAAUCGAGACCAUCCGUCCGCUCUCGACCAUUUCUUCCGAGACAGAGACAUCUCUGUCUACUCUCCGCGGUCAUUCUGCAGCAAACAGUCUUUCGUCAAUUGUUAGCGGCAACGCUCCGGCGCCUCCUCGAGCAGCACGCCCCUCGCUGAACACAGUUCAAGACGAAGAUCGACCCAGCACGGCGGGCAUGGUACUGGACAAGUUUAUCAGCGGCAAACUGAACGGCGAGGUCCUUGAGCGCAAACGACCCGUCUCAGCAGUCUCACUAACUCCAUCUGCUGCGCCCACUCCCACUCCCACUCUCAAAGCACAGGCCAAACGACGAAGUCUUUUCCACCACAAGGAUACGCAAAAAGUUGAUAACUCGUUUCCGACUCUUCCUACUAGCGCAUCUGACCCUGCCCUCUCCAAGUCUUUCGAUGCAACCUUGCCCUCACCCAUGUCUGAGAACGACGAGUCUACAAAAGACUCUGGAAAACCCAAAUCCGCCUCCCGCAAGGGCAGCCACAAACCCCGUAAAGUCAAGUCUUGGGCAAAUUCAAUCAUCACUCGCAAGGGAAAGCACGGCAAGAAGUCGAAAGCACGCUCCCCGACGCCACCACCCAAUGCUGUUGUUGAUGAUGACGAGUCGGAUGAGUCAGAGGAAAUUGACUUUGAGCCCAACUUUGAUGAGGAUACGACUGUUACAAUCGUAUCCCCCAGUGAAACCCCUGCGGCUCAAGUAACGGUAGAUACCAGCUAUGCGUCCUGGCAACCUCGCCCACUGCAACGCGUCGACUCUGACAUUAUGAGCCCGGUUAUCGACCUGGAUGCCGCGCUUGGACCCUUCAACACUCCCAACGGCUCUAGCCCCCGCAUGAACCAGCGUGGAUUUUCAGCGCAUCGACGAGCCAUGCACAGUGCUAAUGGCAUUGCGCCUUCGCAUCGAAGGACAGAAAGCGCGCCGGAAUUGGUGCCUUUCGAGAACCGAUCGUCUGUCAUUGCGAAUACUUCGCCCAUGGCUGAUGUCUUUGAAGAAGAGGAGCCUGAAGACGAAUUGACCAUUCCCGCAAAGGCGACCAAGACAAGGCCAGCUACUGCAGACCCUUCAGAGCUCAAGAUUUCGGUGGUGGAAGCCGAUUCGAAACAAGAAGGGCCUGGAAUCAACUGGACCUUCAAGGAUGGACUUGGUCUUAACAGGAGGCCAAAAGCGCACAAGGUUGACUCCUCGGAGCCAUUGUCUCCUCGGGCAACAUCACCUGCUGAUGACCGCACCGAGGACAAUGACCCAUCACCGCAGGAAUCUGAACCUGUCCAAGUCGUAGAAGACUACGAGGAGCCCCGAACAUCAUCCCUCACACAUUCUUCCGAUUCCACUGUUACCGCUCAAACAACCGAAGAUACACCCAAGCAACGUCAGCCUGUCAUGAACUUGACACUUCCUCUUCACCAGCAGAGUAUGAUGACCCCCGACACGAUCGCAUCGUCCUUUUCAUCGCCAGACUAUCGGUCCAGCCAAAUUUUCGAUACUGAGCGUAGAGGCACUGCAACCUCUUCAAUGACCGAUUACCCUGUCAUGCCAUCUCCUCGCUUUGGCGAACCUGGUCCAGAAGUCCGCAUUUCUACAGAAGUGCCGUCUUUGACAUCUUCGCGGUCAACGAUGACUAGUGCGAUGCAGGGCGGUUUCCCACUUGUUAGCCCGCAUCGAUUCGGUGAGCGCACGUCGUCUCUAUCUUCUGAUCCCAGUGAGAUGGAGUCUCGGCGUCGCAAGCGUUCCAGCAUUGCGAGUCUGUCUCGUUUGAUGGGCACUUCAUCCUCGAACAGCGAACGCAGUAAGCUUUCGAUUGAGCAACGCCCGCAAUCAGAACAUCGCGAGCCUUCUCGCGAAAAGAAGAAGAAGAACAUCGGCAGCAGACUGAGAAAGUUCUUCCAGUACACCAGGGAACCUUCUCCAUCCAAAUCCUGA